AUGAAGUACAAAAUUUUAGCUGUCACUUCUUUAUUCAUCUCGUUAGGUUACUCAAAUUCUGCUAACAAAGUUAUUGACGUCCUCUAUAAAAGAGCGGUCAGUGGUUGUACCAAUGGAUGUUAUCAAGCUGGUGUUUAUCUUGAAAAACACUGCACCCAAUAUGCAAAUACAGAUGAUCCUGGGUACCUUAAUUGUAUUUGUAACAUAGAUGACGAUAGUUUCUGGAAUGAUUUUGCUGAUUGUGAAUUAUGUGAAGAAUCUGUUACAGAUUAUGGAGCAGCAAACUUACAUUCUAAUUAUUGUGAAGCUGCAUCGAUUUAUUCCGAAUACUAUACUGAAGGAGGUGGCGUAUAUAGUGUUCCUGGUAAUGAUUUGGGUACUUUAGCUUUUGCAGCUGAGACUGAGUCAGAAGCUGAAACUGUUGCUCAAACAGAGGGCGAAGAGACUACAAGUGAACAGGUUAGUGCUACCCAAACAACACAAGUAACCUCUUCUACUAAUGGACAAACCACUGCAACUUCUAGUUCUUCUCAUAGUUCUGAAAGCUCUGCAAGUGCUGCAGUCACUAGUUCUACUACCUCGCACUCUUCAUCCAGUGAAUCUGCAACUACAGCUACUAGUACCUCUAACUCUGCUAAUAUUGCAAACGUUGCAUGUGUUGGAGCUCUGAUUUAUUUAUUUUUGUUUUGGCUUUUGUAA